AACUCGCCACUAACGAAAAAAAAAAAUAAAUUAUCGUAGUAAAUUUCUUUUCGUAUUCGUGUGAAAAUUCAGACACCAUGAGGGCUGUUUCGUGUUUGCUGUUGUUAGUGGCCGUUGCUCAUCUUUCCGAAGCCAGCAUCUACGACAUACGAGCCGAUGUCGAGCGUUACGCCGUCUUGAGGACCAUGACGUCGAGGCUCCGAAACUUCCUCGAAGACCUCAAGGGUUACAUGAAGACAGGCAACGACAAACUGGGAAUCCCCAAGAUGGAUCCGUUCGAGACCAAGUUCCAGAAGAUCGACCUCAAGAAACACGACUUGGUGCUCAAGGGCAACGUCAGCGAGGUCCACGUCGAGGGACUGUCCGACUACAAAGUGUUCGACGUCGAUUUCAAGAUCGGCCAGAAGAACCUCACCAUAGGCAUGAAGUGGCCGAGGAUCCACGGCACGACCAAGUACUCCGUCGACGCCUCGUACUCCGAGAAGGUGUCCAUCUACGGCACGGGUGAUGUUUCAUUCGAUAUCCGCGACUUGGAAUUCUACUCGCAAAUCCAGUUCCAAAAAGCCAAGGACGUCAAAAUUAUAGGCCUAGUCAAAACUCGCGUCAAAUUGGGAGCUCUCAAGCUGAACCUGACCGGACUGUUCAACGACGACGAGCUGUCGGGGCUGGUGAGCGAGGCCGUGUCGGACGUACUGCCCGAGACGAUCGACGAGUACCAGGCCGAGACCGUCGCUCUGGUCAACGAAUUGCUGAUGGAGGAGGGCAACAAGCUGGUCCAGGGCACCACUUGGACAGAAAUUAUAAACAAACUCGGGUAAUCUCACAAGGAACCCCCCCCUGAGUGCUCUUAUAUGAGAUUGUAUACGAUUUUAUUUUUGUAACGACCGAAAUUGCGUAAAUGGAUAUGUUUUUG